AUGCUCAAGCGCUUCUCCAAGCUGGAGCAGAAACUAUUCCUCAACUGUUUAGGAGCUGCUCAUUGUGCAGAUAUGUAUCCUGCUCAGAAAGAAGACUCACCUCAACUUACUGAAACACGCAGUAAGGUUGAAAAAAUCAUUGGAGAAUGGGUAGGGCAACACAAUUCCAACAAAGCUGACGAGGAACAAAGACCGCCAAACAAUAUGGACACCAACUUGCCGUUUCUUGUGAUCGGGAAGAUUUCUUUAAAGCACUCUCAUGUCCAGAUUCAGUAA